GUCAGAGCUCAUCGGUCACACAGGUGAGACGCAGAAAUGACUUCAGUGCAGGAGGUGAACCCCAGGGUGCUCGGGAUCAGGGAGCCCACAAACCUGCAGAGUCUGGCUGAAGGUGUCACACGGGAGAUCAAACAGGGAGCAAAGAAACCCUUCAAGAAGGUGAUUGAUGUCAGCUCAGGUGAUCCCCACAGGGCAGGGGUUGCUCCACUCUCAUUCGUCCGCCAGGUCCUUGCUGUAUGUUUGUACCCAGCAUUACUUGAAGAAGAAAGUCUUCCUUUGGAUGUCAGGCUGAGAGCACAGUUGCUGCUGGGAGAAUGUGGAGGAGGGAGCGUAGGUUCAUACUCCUCAAGCUGCUGUGGUUUACCUCUGCUCCAGAAAAGAGUGGCUGAGUUCAUCACAAGGAGAGAUGGGGGAGUGAUUUCACAUCCAGAGGACAUCAUUUUCUCUACUGGUUCUCACAAGAGUUUAACUCUGGUUUUUCACUUGAUGUCCAGCGGUACGGGGAGGACUCAGACAGGUGUGUUGACCCCGAUGCCUUGUCCUCACUCGCUGCCCCCCCUGCUUGAUCUGUCCGGGGUAAAGCUUGUACCUUAUCAGCUGGUGGAAGAGCGGGAAUGGGCGGUAGAUCUGGAUGAGCUGCGCCAGGCUCUGAAUGUUGCUAGGGGGCACUGUGAGCCCAGAGCCAUUUAUAUAAGUAACCCAGGAAACCCCACAGGCCACGUUCAAGACAAGGAAGCAAUGGAGGAAGUGAUUCGAUUUGCUGCAGUUGAGGGUCUCGUCUUAUUAGCUGACGAGGUAUACCAGGACAGUGUGUUUGGGCAGGAUAAAGAGUUUAUUUCCUACAAGAAAGUCCUUUUUGAGAUGGGAAAACCAUACUCAGAAUCAGUGGAGCUGGUCUCCUUCCACUCAUUAUCCAACGCCUACACUGGAGAGUGCGGUCUCAGAGGAGGAUAUAUGGAGGUGAUAAACAUGCAGCCAGAAGUUAAACAAUAUUUGAAGAACAUGCAGGCCACCUCCAGCCCACCAGUGUUACCACAGCUCGCUAUGGAGCUCAUGGUCAAUCCCCCCGAACCUGGAGAUCUCUCCUAUCAAACAUAUGCACAGGAGAUUCUUCAUAUCAAGUCAGCGCUGUCCCAGAAUGCUCAGCAUGCUUAUAAGUUCCUGAGUGAUCUACCUGGCAUGACGUGCCAGCUGGCGAUGGCGGGAGUCUUUCUUUAUCCUCGGCUGCUUUUACCGGGUCAGAUGAUCGACGAGGCAAAGAUGUUGGGAGUGGAGCCUGAUGUUCUCUACUGUCAGAGGUUACUGGAGGAGGAGGGUCUAUGUUUGGGAGCGGGCUGGGAGAAUGGACAAGAGGAUCUAAACUACCACAUCAGGCCUGAUUGGUGGAUUGCUGCAGAGAUUGUUGACCUUCUGGAAGGUUCUGCUCUCUCCACAGAGGACCGCUGGAGCUCUGACAGAGUGACCAACAGGUUCUUGGUCACCUCCCUGACUAAGGCCCUUCUCCCCCGAUCACUCAGUUUAGACGGGGGGCCAGCUCUAGGAAGAGUCCUGGUGAUUCUGAACUUCUUCCAUUUAUGGAUGGUGGAGGCCACUGUGCUCAAUGGGACCUUCAAAGCAGCAGAAAUCUUCUGUACCCUUCCCUAG